AUGUAUCAUCUCGUUUGUCUGCCUGCGAUGGCAUUCUCUGGUGGAAAUUCGGCUCGCCGCUUUCUGCUCUCGGCCUUCCUCGCCGUUCUGCUUUUCGACGUUGCAUAUGGUGGCAGCUCCUGCGGUUACUGCAAGUUGAAUGAUAUCAGCUGCCUUAAACAAUGCCAGUGCGAGGCUCCAGACAUAAAACCGAUCCUCUGCGUCUAUGAUGCUGGAGGCUCAACACUUCUGACUUGCAAAUACUUAUGCUGGCCGCGCAUCGUACUGGGGCUCGGAGUGUCUCUCUUCACAGGCCUGAUUGCUCUCCUCGUCUUCUUCAUCCUGCGCCGCAACCGUAAGAGGGCGGAGGAAAAAUACGCCGCCAAUGCCCCGCCUGCCGCAGCCGCGUACCCGCCACCAGGAGGCUAUACCCCCGCUGUUAACGUGUAG